GGGAGGCAGUGAAGGCAGCAGCAGCAGCAGCGGCAGCAGUUCCUUCGCAGUUUUUCAAAGAUGCAGCGCUGCUGUGUUGUCUAUUCGGACCUGCUCCGGGAUGUUUGUCGCUGAGAGGCAUGUAUCAUGUUAAAAGGAGAAACUAAGGGACUAAGCUGAUUAUUUUCUGGACCGAGGGAGCCGAGGGAAGAAGCUUAACUGGGAGUUUUAGUCGCUGGGAAAGAAGAAGUUGGCGAAUUCGAGGCCUGCGUGCCAUGCCAGAAGGCUCCCCUUCUGCUCCCCUCCAGGGCCCGAUGGGGGAAGAAUCUCCACAGUUGUCCUCCCCCCUCUCCACCGGCGACCAUGUAAAGGAUAACGUAGAUUUGGGCCCAGACUGCUACCGCCAGGGAUGUGUGGAGCCGCUGGAUGGAGAGGGCGAGCGUCCCGUGAGCCUGGUGUCCACCCUGUCCUCUAGUUCCUCCGCCGAUAGUCAAAGCCUUUUUGGAAGUACAGCGGCCCUUCCGUCCUCCACGGCAACUCCCCAACCGAGCGAGGAGGACAUAGACCUGGAACUGAGCCCGGCGGAAGGCACCAAUCAGAGUCCUCGCCUCCGAGGAUCUGGCGGCGGCUGGUGGAGGCACCUGGAGGCCUGUGUGAUCAACAACCAGCGCAACAACAACAACGGCUCUGCCGCCAGACCAGCGAGGGCUAAACUACUUCACAUGAUCACCUCGCCUGUUGUCGCAGACACGAUGGCGCCCAACCCAAAGCUGACUUACGUGGACCGCGUGGUGAUGGAGAUCAUUGAGACGGAGCGCAUGUACGUCAGAGACCUGAGCAGCAUCGUGGAGGACUAUUUGGCACACAUUAUCGAUAUGAGAAACCUCCCCAUUGGACACGAGCAAGUAAUGGCUUUAUUUGGAAACAUCGAGGACAUCUAUGAGUUCAACAGUGAACUGCUACAGUGUUUGGACAUGUGUGAGAACGACCCUGUGGCUAUCGCCCACUGCUUUGUCGAUAAGAGUGAAUAUUUUGAAAUCUACACCAAAUACUGCAACAAUUAUCCUAACUCAGUAGCAACACUGACUGACUUCAUGAGGAAUAAAACCUUGGCAAAGUUCUUCAGGGAUCGGCAGGCCGCUCUGAAAUGCUCUCUACCUUUGGGUUCUUACCUUCUGAAGCCAGUUCAGAGAAUCCUGAAGUAUCACCUACUCCUGCAGGAAAUUGCCAAACACUACGACCCAGACGAAGAGGGCUAUGAAGUUAUUCAGGAGGCGAUAGACACCAUGACUGGAGUGGCCUGGUACAUCAACGACAUGAAGAGGAAACAUGAGCACGCCGUCAGAGUGCAGGAGAUACAAUCUCUGCUGAUCAACUGGAAGGGCGCAGACCUGACCACCUGUGGGGAGCUGGUGCUGGAGGGCACCUUUCCCGUGCUGAGGGCGAAGAACACCCGCACGCUCUUCCUGUUCGAAAAGAUGCUCCUCAUUACCAAGAAAAGAGGGGAACACUACAUCUACAAGAUCCACAUCUUGUGUUCCACCCUGAUGCUGCUCGACAACGCCAAGGAUCCUCUUCUCUUCAGCGUUAUCCAUUUUAAGCGUCCCAAGCAACCCCACACGGUGCAGGCAAAGUCUGUCGAAGAGAAGCGUCUGUGGGCCCAUCACAUCAAGAGGCUCAUUCUGGAGAAUCACAACACCAUCUUACCGCAGAAGGCGAAAGGCGCCACUGUGGACAACUCGAACUAUUCUGGAAAGUACCAGUACAGUCCAGAGAGGACGAUGAAAGCAGAGUGCUGCCAGAGUGACAGCUUCCAUCUCGGAGGACGAAAUGGGAGAAGAAGAUCCGAACCAGCUAAACAAAUCAUAAAAAGCACAAACGCUGUUUUGAAGCACGCAGACAGUGAAGGCACACUGCUGGGGGACAGGAGCUCCCUGCAGCCAGCCGCUAGUGUCCGCACCCUGACCGCCUGUCUAGGCGAGCCCCCGGGUGAGAGGCCGUGUGUGGAGGAUCUGGGGAACUCUGUGGAGCAGCUAAAUGCAGCUGACAGUGACUCUUCACACACACACAGAGAGGUGGAGCUGGAGCAGGAGAAGGUUAUAGAGGAGGAGGAGGAGGGAGAGAUUUGCAAGGAGGAUGUGCUGAUGGGAGACGACCAGGUAGCCGACUUUGCCAGCUCGGUGCUGGCAGCCAUCUCCUGCUGGCAUUAUAGAGCCAGGGCUUUGCUUUCUACUCACUUCACAACGGACGAUCAGAACGAGGAUGCUGCUGAGCUGAACGCUGCGCUGACGGACGAGGCCGAAGCCUGCAGAGGGGUGGAAAACAACGAGGACGUGUCUGUGAAACAGACCGUCAGCGCUCAGGUCGAUGAACAGGGGCUGUAUCAUCUAGACGGUGUCCCACAAGUAGAACCGAUCAACCCGCUGGAGGAGGAGAACUCCCACUGCUUCGAGUCGACCAAAUCCUUUUCUGAGCAAGAAACUGAGAGCCCCGAAUCUUUGGACGCCUCCAGAGAAACUGGGGGAGAAGAAGAAGAGGAGGAGGAGAGCGACUCGUCUGGUCUUCAGGUGGAGGAGAUGAGUGCACUGACAAACAGUGAGCUGUCAGAGGAGGAGGAGGAGGUGCUUUCAGAUAAUAAAAGCUUUUUGCCUUCGUCCGUGUUGGACCAGGCGGGUGUGAUAGCUGAGCGCUUCAUCAGCAGUUUGUCCCGGCGGAGCAGUCUGGUUUCUGAGGACCAGAGUUCACCGCUUUUAGAUAAAGAGCCCUUUGAAAGCCUCUCAGCGUGUUUGGACAUGGAGAAACAGACAGAGGAAAUGCUGGAGAGCUCUUCAGCAGAGCCACAGACCACCUCAAAGACUGCCCAGUCAGGUCUUCAGCCUGAUCUGAGCGAAGGGGAACGAAGGUCCACUCUCUCCAAGAAGGAUCGCCUCCUCAUCCACAAAAUCCGGCAAUACUACGACCACGCCGAGCACCAAGACGCUAACUUCGGUAUCAAGCGCAGGGAGAGUCUGUCGUACAUCCCCGCCGGCCUGGUGAGACACCUGAGCAAGCAGCUGAAUGAUAUUCCAAAGGAGAAAGUCGGUCCGGUCCACAGGAAAGGCCUCUCUCGAAACAGACCCACUUCUUGGUCCGUGUUUGACCUUCCCAGAUUAGAAAAUAGUAAAAACGGUGAAUCUCAAAGCUCGGGGGAGGCCAAGGAUCGAUCCAAUAGCGUCACCGACGUGUUUACAGCAGAAGAAGAGUUUAGGCCCUCGUCUGAAAUGCUGAAAGUUUGGGACCUUCUGGAAACCGAGGAGGAGAUCCAAGAAGGGAAGCAGGUUUCAGAAGAGAAAGUCGACAACCAAAGAGUGGAAAUCGGCUUAGACGGUUUCGACGUCAAAGCCAGUACUCCCCCACCGCUGAAAGUACGAGAGCCUGAAACGAGCACUACUGCAGACACGCGCUUCGUGCCGUCACCUACCACCAGCUCCCCCACAGCGGAGUGGGCUUCUGCUCAGGACUCCACGCCGUGUACGCCCACGGCUUUACAGGGGGACGACAUCUUCCACCCCAACCAUUUACCCAGGAGCAUUAGCUUCCAAACCACCAUAGACGAAGACCAGAUCCUGCAGGACAUGGGAAAGAUGAAAAGCAAGGUGUUCAAGCUGGCUCGUCAGUACAGCCAGCGCAUUAAAAACAACAGGCCCCUCGUGUGGCAGAGGAGCCGUCAACCUGCAAACCAGGACGGUACCUGGAGUGUCGCUGCUGUUGACGAGGACAAGCUGAUAAAAAAAGGUAAACCUAACUUGAGGUUGCACGUGAACGCCUGCGAUCAGGACGUCAUUCAUGAAGCUGGUUCUCCAAGUUCUCACCAGACGCCGACAGGUUCCCAGGAUACAGCGACCUCCCCACACAGCCCUCAGUCCGAGACCUUCCUCUGGCCUCACGUCCAGGAGCUGCGUUCAAAAUACACGGGCCGCUCCCUAAAGACGAACUGCGUCUGCACAGAACCAGACGGCAUGAAGGCGAGCCGCACCUCGCAUAAGUACAGGAGCUCCUCAGAUCUCCGUAUAGCACCGACGGACUGCUGUAAGAAGUGUCUGACGGUAGAGGACUGGCCUCAGCAAAAGAAGCGCUCCCUGCUGUGCAGGUGGAGCUCCUUAGACCACAUGCUCGGGUCGGUCCCGCUGCAUGAAGUGCAGAACCUUCAGGAACCUGCGCGGACCUGUUCUCCCCGUGACAGAAUCCAGGACGAGGACGGGCUCCUCCAGGACGUUCUGAACGCCACGAAGUCACUGAGUUCUGGGAAGUCCUCGGAAAGCAACCUGGUGAAGAGUUUACGGGAGAAGUUCCAGAGCUUAAGCACAAAUUAAACAUGUGAACUGUGCGCCGUAAACAUAAACCUGGAAGUUACGUGACACUCUCAAUAUUUCUUCUGCUAAUUUCUCCCUCAAAAAAAAAUAAAAAAAAAACUGAGUGAGGUUUCGUGUAUAGGGGACAAGGUGCAAUAACCUUAGCACCAGUGUAAGAUAUAAAAGGGAUGGUACGAGCAUGCUGUCUUUAAAACCAUAUGAUGCACAUUUUAACUGUAUUUCUCUGCACGUUACAGUUUUGUGUAACCAUGUAGUUCCCCGUAUCAAAAAAAAAAAAGUGACGCUUUAUUGAAAUGACCUAAUGUUGGCUGCUAUAGUCAUUAAUGUUAACUCUGCAAACUCAGUGGAGAGUUUCAGGAGGCGAAGAGCGACUGAUUGUCAGUAAAGUCCUCUGUUCAGACACCAAAGACGGUUACAUUUUAGCCUUUGUUGCGCUUGGAUGCACAAUGACAACAAAAAAAAAAAAAUGUUUUCCACAUUUUCCUGAACUGCUUGUGAAACAGUUGUUCGCAUCACUGGAGCUUUAUUUUUUAUCAGCAAGUUGUAUAUUUUCAUGAAAGCUAUUUAUAUGUCUGUAUAUUGGGAUGGUUUUGACCAUGUGUAAAUACCCGACUCUCAGAAACCCGUUUUUUUUUGGUUAUGCACAGGUGCUCGUAUUUUCAAUAAAAACAGAAAUGCUGA